AUGAGUUCCUUUAAGUAAUAUCUAAGGAUCAGACCUAUUGAUUAUGAGUCUGAUAUGAUAUAAAUAGAGGACAAUAAAGUAACGAUCAAAGACACUUCAUUUAAAAUGAACUAAAGCGUUGCUUUGUCUGGCAUGCAAGCAGAAGAUCAAAGCUUCAAGUUUAACAAGAUCCUUAAUUAAGGUGUAAAUCAAGAUAGAUUAUUUUAAGAAAUUGGGGCUCCUUCAGUAGAUAAAGUACUUCAAGGAGUUAAUUCUCUUAUUAUAAGUUAUGGUUAGACGGGAAGUGGAAAGACAUAUUCAAUAUUUGGCUAGCACCCAGAAUAUUUAUUAGAUCAGCAUUAAACAAUAGAUGAAUAAUUAGGGAAAGCAAGAACAGAUUAGCGAGGUUUAGUUCCUAAAUCAGUAGAUUAUUUAUUAAAAAAAGUGGUUGAAUUGCAAGAUACAAAAGAAAUAGUAAUUACGAUGAGCUUUGCUGAAGUGUAUCUUGAUAAAAUUCAUGAUAUAGGAAAAUUUUAUCUCUUAUAAGAUGGAGGAAAGAAAAUUUUGAAUAUAGAUAGAGUUAUCAAAGAGUAAGAAAAUGAAAAUCUUACAAUGUACGAAAAUACAAAUGGGUAAAUUGUGGUUAAGGAUUUAACACUUAUAACCUUAGAAAGUAUAGAGUAACUCUAUGGAGUUUUGAAAUCAUGUUUUUAAAUAAGAGAUCAACUAGAAUUAAAAGGCAUUUCAAUAUGGGAGAGAGCACAUACUAUAUUUACAAUUAAUGUCAUUCAGAAGGAUAAAGAAAAUGAAAAUAUACCUUUCUCUAAUUGUUUCCUUUAAUUUGUUGAUUUAGCUGGCUCAGAAAGAAUAGCUAAAAGCUUAACAGAAGGUCACAAAUACUAAGAAUCGAUAAUAAUUAAUUAAAAUUUGUCAGUACUAUGCAAAUGUCUGCAAUCAAUCUCUUUGAAAGGCAAGUCAAUACCUCACAAAGAGUCAAAACUAUCUAGAAUUUUGCAGAAUACUUUAUAGCCAAGGAGUUUUAUAACUUUAAUUGGUAACAUAAAUCCUAGUGAAAGUAAUUACGAAGAAUGCUUAGCAACACUGUAAUACAUAGAAAGAUGCUCAAAGGAUGCUCCUAAAACUCUUCCAAUUUCAUCAAAUAAUAGUAACAUAAAUAAUCUAACAAAUAGUAGUGUAGUAAACGAUAAGGUUGUUUAAAAAUUGUAAAGAGAUAAUUAAGAAUUAAAAGAAAAAUUAGAAAAAGUAUAAAAUGAUCAUAAAAAAAGGCUACAUGAUAUAUAAAUGAUAUUAGGUAUAGAAGUUGAGCUUGAUAAAUUAUUUUUAAAAAGCUCAAUCAGAGAAUUGAAUCAUUUAAAGCAGUAAAAAGAGGCGAUGAUGAAAGCAGAAAAUUUACAAAAGCAGAACGAAGAACUAGAAAAAACAAUAGAUAAUCUUCAUAAGCACAUUGAUGAAAUAAAAAGAACUGAGCAUAGAAAGUGGGAAUCAUAAAAAUGUUAAAUUAUAGAACUGAAAGAAUCACUUGUAAACCUAAAAUAAUAAAUAAGCUCAAAAGAAAUGAAUUCAAAAAGUGACAUCAAACAGUUUCAAAAAGAAAAAGAAUAAGACUUGAAAAAUUUAAUAGAUAGAAGCAACGCACUUUUAGAAGAAAGGAAUAAUUUAGUUUUCAAUCUUCCAACAUUUGUGUAAAAUAAAACUUAAGAAAAUUAAAAAGUAAAUGAUCUAAAGAAAGCAACUAAAUACGAAGCUGAAAAAGAACACAAAUCAUAGAUCGAAACUUUAAAAAAAGAAUAUCAGUAACUACUAGAAAACUCUAAAACGCAAUUUGAGUUCUACCUUAAGCAAAAGAAUGAAUAAAUUGAUCAAUAUGUAUAAGAUUCUAAAAAAUACAGAGAAGAAAAAAAAAAGUAAAUAGAUGAAAUGAAAUUAGAAAUGAGUGAAAUGUACGAAGUUAUCACAAGGCUGAGCAGUAUCUUGUAAAAAGUUGAAAUGGGACAUUAUAGUGGAGGCAUCAAAUCAGUAAAUAUCCCUGAGAAAGAAAAACCUAUUUUACCAGUCAGAUAAAAAUAUAAACACUUAUUUAAAGUUUUAGAUUUAAAGCAUUUACGCUAAGGGAGCAUGAGAUAAAGUGAUGCUGGUUUAAGAAAGAGUGCUUCUGUGGCAUCUGCAAUAAGCUAAAACUAAGAUAUUAAAAAAACUAAAUCAGGUGUUUCCUAUCCUCCUGAAGAAGAAUAAGCUAAGGAUGAUAUAGAUAAUGAAAAACAAAUGCAGAAUGAAAAAGAUUUGAAGGAACAAGAAAAUAAUAGAAUUGACAUAAAUAUAAAUCUUAAUUAAUUUAAAAAUAAGGAUGACUUUAUUCAUAUUAAAAAUUUUGCAGAGAGAUUGAAAAAUUCAUUAUAAAAAUCUUUGUUAAGAGAAAAAGAACUUCAGCAGAGGGUAGAAGAUUUCUAAAAAAUAAAUAAUAAUAUAGAUAUAACAGCUUUGCUAAAAGAAAGAGAAGAAUUUAAAUAGCUCUAUUAGUAGCAAUUAAAAAAGUAUAACUAAGCCAGAAUAGUACUAGAAUCUUAAAAAAGGUUAUUAAAUAUGCCAAAGUAUAAUCAAAGUAUGUAAAUAUAAGUACGUCCAACAACAGCUUCAAACAAUAAUAAAUCUAUACUAAGACUACCAAUGACAACCACUCAUAAAAAUUAAUAUUGA